ACGGUAUUACUAUAACUAUAUUAGCAGUGGUGAGACCGGCUACGAAGCUCUAUUUUAAUUCAUUUAUUUUACAGAGAUCAUAUUGUGACAAGUGCUGGUGUUUUAUAGCAGAUACUACGCUGCAUAUUUUUCUUUAUAAAAAAGGUAUGAAAAUAUGUAUAGAUUAUGUUCAUAUAUUCCAAAUAUCGGUAUAAAUAUCAUUAUGUCUUAAAAUUUACCGGUUCCUUUGCUACCAUUGGACUAUUGGUUUACACUGAUUGGGUGGCCUAAAACGCGUGAUGGUAUGACUAUUAAAGAUAGCAUUUGUAAAAGUAAAUGACGAUGCUUCAAAAAUAGUUGAUAAUCUCAUUUUAAUUAAGGAUUUUAAUAUCUUUAUUAGAUUUGGUCAAAGGCUAGUUUGUCAAAUAAAAUUUGGAAUGAAGAACACAAAUAAAUCAAAUGAAUAACAGGCCCUAAUACUAUUAUUUAAAAAAAGAAAAUAUAGUAGGGACCUCUGGACUUACUACUUUUAUUAAGUUUUAGUUUUAGUUAGGCAGGCAGGCCUACUUAAGUUAUCAUGUUUCCAGGUUUCCCCGGACCUCUCCUUUUUUAGGCCCCUGUCCGGGUGGCUUUCCAGAAAUAUGGCUUUUACUUUAGUCUGUGAGUCUGUGUUUUUCUUUUUCCCCCGUGUCCAUCGCUCCUCGAUACCUUCUUACUUACUUUUCCGUGUUAUAUACUAUUCUGUUAUGUGCACUAAACAUGUGAGACAGAAAUACUUAGUUCAAUGGUAAAGGUUACUACGGCAACCUCCGAAAAUUUGGGUUCGGGAAGCCAUUUUUGAAAACAUAAUGGUAACAAGAGUUCAUGGUAAUUGAUAUUUAUUUUUCAUGUUAAAGUUAAAAAUAAAAAUUUUGUUUAUUUACACAUGCACUGAAAACCCAAUAUUCAGGUUUUCAUUCAGUCGCUAUGACUGGGAAGCUGAAUGUUUGACAUGCGGCAGCGGAAGUCAUAUCUCUGUUGCACAUCAAAACGGCGAAGAAUGUUAAAAGUAUUUCCUGAAAAUUUAAUCUACCAAAGUUACCAAAUUUUUCAUAAUACCAGGUUUGAAAAGCGAUGAAUCUAUUUAGGCAGUUGAAGGUGUUUCACAUUGUCAAGCCCAAGCACCAUCGCAGCUAUAAAUCAAUGGACUGCAGUUUUGUCACUUAUUAAAAACAAUUUUACCUGGUCCUGAUAUUGCAGGCAAAAAUCAGUAAGAGUAAUGUAAUGUGUACUGAACACUCACUUAAUACAAGUUUAUAAUUGUAACUAUUUACAAUAAGAACAAUAUUUUAUGUAGUUUAAUAUUACUUUUAUUUGUACAACAAUUAACACAUUGGCGUAGCCUAAGGAGCCGUCUACGGGUUGGUAACCGGAUUUGAUGAAAAUUUUGUCCUCUUUUUUGUAUCUGACGACUUAUGAUAACCCUAGGCCUACUCAAACUCAAUGUUCAAUACUCAAUUCAUGUCAACUGCUCUCUAAAGACAGUUACUAGUGAACUGAUCACUUAUACUAAUAGUAAUAAUUAAAAUCCCAACAGAAUGGGAAACAGCAUUAAUAACCCCAAUACACAAGAAAGGCUCCAAACUUCAGUGCACAAACUACAGAGAAAUCUCCCUAUUAAAUGUCACAUACAAAAUACUGACGAAGCUUAUUGCCAAAAGACUACAACCUUACACUGAAGAAAUACUAGGUGAUUACCAAUGUGGAUUCAGGCCUAACAGAUCAACGGCUGAUCAGAUUUCACCAUCAGAUGCCUAUUAGAGAAAUGCUAUGAAUAUAAUAUACCAGUACAUCAAAUCUAUGUAGACUAUAAAAUGGCCUAUGACAGCAUCAAAAGAAACUAUUUAUAUGAGACUCUUCAGGAAUUUGGGAUACCCAACAAACUGACAAGGCUAAUACAUGUAAACACUAAACAACUCAAAAAGCAAAAUCAAGAUUCAAGGAGAAUAUUCAAGGGAAUUUCAAAUUAGUCGAGGCCUAAGACAGGGAGGCUCACUGUCUUGUAUGCUCUUUAACCUAACAUUAGAGAGAGUUGUUAGAAACAUACACAUUGACACUCCAGGAACGAUAACAGGAUGCUUUCUGAGGGAAACUCAAGACCCACAACCAACUGGCACACUCUACAACCAACCACUUCAGUAUCUUGCAUAUGCUGAUGACAUAGCACUUCUAGGGAAAAGUAUUAAAGACAUAUCAAAAUUCUUUAUUGAAUUAGAAGACGCAUCUCUACAAGCAGGGCUGGAAGUUAACAACCAAAAAAACAAAAUACAUGACCAUGAUAAGAGAGGAACAAACAGAUGAAACAAUUAAAAUUGGAAACCAAACUUUUGAAAAAGUAAAUCAAUUCAAAUACCUAGGAUCCUUGUUAAAUGAAAGAAACGAAUUGCUAACAGAAAUAAAAGAAAGAAUAUCAGCGGAAACAGGGCAUACUUCAGUAGUCAGAAAAUACUCAAAAGUAAAAACAUUACAAGAGAAACAAAGAAAAUUAUUUAUAAAACUGUGAUCAGACCAGUGUAACAUAUGCAAGUGAAACUUGGACCCUAACAAAAACAGCAGAAAACCUAUUAAACACAUGGGAGAGGAAAGUUCUCAGGAAAAUAUAUGGGCCAACAAAGGAUGAAUAUGGAUGGAGAAUACGAACCAACCAGGAGUUAUACAGUCUAUAUCAGGAUCCCACGAUAGUGGCAGAAAUAAAAAGAGGCAGGCUACGCUGGGCAGGACACCUAGAGAGAGUGCCAAAUGACAGAGGAACGAAGAGGGUACAUCACCAAUACCCCAGAGGAAAAAGGCUCAAAGGUAGACCAAGGCUUAGGUGGAUAGAUGAUGCAGAAAAAGAUCUACAUCAGCUGAAAGUCCAAGCAUGGAAAAGAAAGGCAUUAGUUAGGUCUGAGUGGAAGGAAGUAGUGAGGCAGACCAAAGCCCUACAAGGGCUGUAGCGCCACAGGGAUGAUGAAUAAUUAUAAUCACUAACAGUUAGACAAAUAGUAGUGAUAGUUUAUAGAUUUAAUGAUUAUAGGUACAGAGUGAAGAGUCACUGAUAAACCUACUUAUCUUAGGCCUUAUUGACAAAUUAUUGUUAUUAAUUUCAUGACAAUCCCAUUUGAGGCAUCUAUUUUUGAUGUGCUUUCUUUUCUUUAUUUAAAAAUUUUAUUUAGGGUAGCGGGUCAAUUUGCUUAUAUAAAAAGGGGUUGGGGACCGUGCCUGCCUUAGAAGAUUUUGUGCUAUAGACAAGAACAAAAAUACUGCUCCAUAUUAUUCAUAAUUGUUGAUCAGUCAGAUCAGUCAUCUAUUUUGAAAUCUUUCAGUUUUCAAAGAAAUUAUAAUUUGUAAGUAUAAAUCUGAAUUAUGAAAAUGUGUAAUUAAUAUUUUUAAUUUGAAUUAUUUCUUUACUUAAACUCAAAUUCUUAAGUUGUUAAUAGUAAUACUGUUAAGACUAAAAGGUUGUUUUUUUAUAAAGAACAGUUGAUUUUAAGAUUAACAGGAAUUUUUUGCUUUUGCAAAUUAAUUAAAAAUAAGCAGGCCACUAAAACGCAAAAUCCUGUGAUAUCAUAAUUGUCUAGUUUUUUAUGUCAUUAAAAAAAUCCAAAAUAAUUCACUGUGAAAUGAUAACUCUAACAAGUGAUCAUUAACUGAAUGAAUUGUGAUAUCCAAAACUUGGUUUAAAAAUAUACACUUUUCAAUUAUUUUCUGGGUAAAAAAUGUUGAUCAUUUGAAACUCCAUAGUCAAAUUGUCUUUUUUUUUUUUCAUCAAUUCAUUAGUUUUAUUUUCUGGGGGAAAUUUCAAGUUCUUCUGCCAAUGAUUUAGCUUAGCUAUUGUUAUUGCUUUAGUAAUACCUUCACAUGAGUCAAUCCCAAGCUUGUAGACUGGAGUUCAGUACCCAGCAAAAGCCUAGACAAUCACCAGCACUCCCAUUGGAUGGAAAUUGUAAAUCUUGGAUGGCAACUCAUCUAGAAGAAGGAAAUUUCUGAAUUCCAACCGGAGUUGGAGUUCCGUAGGCGGCAUGAGAUGGUAUGACAUACAUUGACACAUUGAAAAUACUGGCAACUCACUGCUUCCAAGCUGUAUAGUCCACACAUGAUGUUACCUUGGGUUAUCUAGAUGCAUUGAGAGAGAUUUGAUAUCUUGGAAACCAGUCAAUCCUCCUAAAGAAAAUAAUCCCAGGCUUUGUGAUUUCUUCUUGCAAAGUCUACACCAUUGUUACAUUGUGACAGACAAAUGGAAGAGAAACAAAAAAAAAAAAAAACCUUCACCAAUUUUUUUUUUUUAAAAAAUAAUUUUUAUUAAAAAAAAAUAAAAUAAAGAUUUUUUUUUUUUUUUUUUUUUUUUUUUUUUAAAAUAAUCCCAGGCUUUGUGAUUUUUUCUUGCAAAGUCUACACCAUUGUUACAUUGUGAAAGAAAAAUGGAAGAGAAAAAAAAAAAAAAAAAAAACCUUCACCAAUCCUGUAAUUAUAAAGCAUAGUUUUUGUUGAAUUCAGUUAAUCUAGAGAUUUUCUUUUUUAAAUCAAGAUCUUUUCUUGAAACAGUUUGCUAGAUAAAUUGAUAUAAAAUUGUAUUUUUUUUAUACCAAAUCACUAAUGAACAAACAAACUUCAAAUCAGGGAUUUUUUUGUUGUGCUUCUUCUGUUUCUGCACGUGAUUGCAUGAGUUCCAUGUAGUCCAGUUUGUGAAACAUCAUUAUGCAAUGGAAAUAAGUGCAUUUUGUAAAUUCAAAUGUUUAUCAUAUUACUAUAACAUGCUGGCUUAGUAAUGGAGGGUGAGGGGGUUUGGGGACAGUCUGCAUUGGGUUGCAGUUAUUUUCUAUAAGGCACAUUCUGGGGCAUCAUUUUCUGCCAACUGCAGAGUAUUUUCGUGGUAGGGGUCAGCAAAAAGCUGCUUUAUCCUUGCUCACGAUGUGAUUGAAUUGUAAAACACUUAUUCUUCUAACUAAACUGAUAAAAUUUUGAGGUGAGUGGGGGAGUCAUACCGAUAUAAACAUUUUUACAAUUUUUAUAUUUAAAAAAUUUUUUUUUUUAAUAUUCUGGAAUUUGCCACACCUUGAAAUAUGCUGUUGUAGGCAGCCGCCUAUAUAGCCUAUACCUAAAGCCAUUGUUGCUUGCUGAUCUGUUUGCUUCUUUAAAAUGUGUCAUGAAUUUUUUACCUAACCUAGUUUCACUUGUCAUAGGCCUAAUUACAAACUUUUGUAUUUUUUACUAUGCAAUUAAUAUUUUUAUUUAAAAUAGAGAAAAUGUUACCUACACUAUAAAUUUAUGAAUUUAAAGUGUCUCAGUCAACAAUUUUGAGUGUAGAAAAGAAACUUUGUUAAGCCUACAAUGCUGCAUUAAAACUCUGUAAAUAACAUCUUUGUGUAUACAACUCAAUAUCAAGUCCAUGUAACACAGGCUUAUAUUGUACAUAAUUAAAUUUAAAAAGACCCAGAGAUGAAUUCAAAAAAUCUUGUUCAUUCUUUAUUUUUGUUUUCUUCUUCUUUUCAGUUUCAACCAUGGCAGGAAAUAUGCAAGAAAUCAAAGUUGUGAGCCCUAAUGUAAAAUACACCAGCACUCAUAUUGAGUCAACCUAUGAAUACAGCACAACUAAAGUAAAAAAGCAAGGGAACUCAUUGAUUGCAGAACCCCAAUUAACAAAGUAUGUCUUUAAAACAGAGAGGAAAGUUCCAAGAUUGGGUGUAAUGUUAGUUGGAUGGGGAGGGAAUAAUGGAACUACAGUAACUGCUGCAGUUUUAGCAAAUAAACUUGGUCUUUCUUGGAACACCAAGGAAGGGAUCAGACAUGCAGAUUAUUUAGGAUCUCUAACACAGGCAAGCACUGUUUCCCUUGGACUAGGUGAUGAUGGAGAAACCUAUGUACCUUUCAAGUCACUGUUGCCAAUGGUUGAUGCCAAUGACAUUAUAUUUGAUGGUAAGAUCUAGUUUGUGCUACUUAUUUUUUGUGUGGAAAGACUAUGACAGUAGUGAAGCAGAUUACUCUUAGACAUAUUGAUUUUAAAAUUUAAAUAUACUGGUAAUCAUAUCAUACAAAUACAUUUUUUUUAACCUGUCUGGUUAUAUCAGGUGCAAAGCUUCAUUUUAAAUGGAUAUUAAAUAAGAUUUACAUUUAUAUUGAUGAUUAUCAUUUUUCUGUGUCAAAGGAUGGGACAUAUCUUCAAUGAAUUUGGGUGAUGCUAUGAAGCGAGCAAUGGUUUUGGACUACAACUUGCAAGAACAGAUUUACCCAUUCAUGUCAAAAAUGAAACCUCGACCAUCAGUGUAUAUUCCAGAUUUUAUUGCGGCAAAUCAGAAAGAUCGUGCAGAUAAUUUAUUAACAGGUAGUAAAGAGGAAGUAGUGGAGCAAAUAAGGAGAGAUAUACGAUCCUUUAAGGCAGAGAAAAACCUUGACAAGGUAUGCUAUUUUUGAAAAAUAUAUAAAUAUCACUUUAUAAAUAAACAUGGAAUGUUCAUACUAAUUCAGACCCUAAAAUUUCAUCACAAGAAGGUCUGACUCUAAAUGCAUCUAUUAUUUAUUUUCACCCAUACAAGUAAAUACUAUGAACAGUUUGAUUGCAUAAAACUCCUUUGGGGUCGUCCAUUAAUUAUGUCAACAAUUUAAAAGAAAUUUUUUGACCCCACUCCCCACCCCUGUCAACAACUGUCAAACUUUCAAUGACCCCCCUAUUUCAUUAUGUCAACAUUUUUAAAUUUUAUAAUGCAGAAUCAAUUGAAAGGUUGUUAAAGAUUAAAUAUCAUUGUUUGUGAAAGUAUAAAUUUGAUUAUUGUUGGUAAAGCUGACAAUUAUAGUAUAGUUUCUAGCUGCUAUCAUCUUCCCAAGGAGGAGCCAGGUUUGUUCUAUCGUAACAAUGGGCAUCAAGGACAUAAUUUGGGUAGGGCAGGUGGUGCUAUGCCACCACCCCCUAAUUUGCAGUUUUAUUUAAAUUGCUAUUUACUGUGGUGCCUGCAGUAAUAAACAACUUAACAAGUCGACCAAGUUUUGGUUUUUGCCCCCCCCCUCUUGAAAAAACCCCACCAUAUGACGCCCCUGAUGGGCAUAGUUUAUAGUAGCUGAUUGAUCAUUUUCAUCUUGCGGCACUGAUAUACCAGACAAGUCAACAUCAUCCUCAUCUAACCAUUCAGCACUUAAAAUAGAAGCAUUGUCGGUGUGAGCAAUAAUUGCCAUAAGCUCUAUAAUUCUAUCUCCUUGCAGCUACUCGCAAUGGUCGAAUCCUUCCUUUUUUGUUGAGGAGCAUGUGCUCAUUUCUUAUGCUCAAGAGGGCAUUGUCGGUUCUGUUGAACAUGCUUUUUCAACAUGACUUGUGAUGCAAAAUAGAUGUUACAGAUUUUGCAAAUCCAUUCAAGCACCGAUGUUAUUAUUGUUACAUUCACGUUGCAUUCACCUAAUUCUCAAAAUAUCGUACCCCUACUCUAUCAAUAUCAUUCAUCUUGACUGCACAGGCACUAGAACUUUGUCCUUGUUCCUUACCUGCAACAGAAUCUACAGGUGAAUAGAGGCCAACUUUUGACUUGUCUUGCGCUAACAAAGUGUGCUAACAUUCUGACCAGCCAUCUGCAGUGCACAGACACACAUCAAAUAAAUCUUAUAUUGUAAUAAAAGCCUAAAAAUUAUAUGACUAUUUAAACUCAUUUACACUUAUUCAUUUUUUAAAAUAAUGUAAUAACCAGUCAAUUUUUAAGAUAAAAAUUUUAAUAGAACAAACAUUUUUGUUGAAGUCAACUAAUCUAACUCCCCAUCCUUCCCCCUUGUCAACAACUGUCAAACAUAUCCAAACCUCCUCCCCCCCCCCCCUAUUUUUUCACAUAAUUAAAUGGCCCCCCCUUUGGGACACUAUAACUUAAUUUAACACAUUUUAUUUACAUCUAGUUAAUAACCCUGAUUUUCAUGUGGCUCUUGAAUCUCUUAAGUAUAUUUUGCUUCUUUUGUAUAUUUCAUUGCAUAUUAUAGAAAAUGAGAAGUUAACUCUUGUUUUUGUAACACUUGGACCCACUGGGUAUUUUCUCAAAAUACUCAGACCUGGUGUAAAAAACACUGUACCUGGUUUAGCCCUAGUACAGGGGUGGCCAACCUGUUCAGCAGUCAGGCAAAAUUUCAUAAAAAUAUUUCCUGCCGGGCCACACACCUAAUUUAAAAAAAAAACAAAACAAGCAAGCUUUCUACAGCGUCGACCACAUUGUCGUUUCCCAUUAGGUGAGAUUGUGGUCAAACGCUUGCCUGGUUUAAUGGAGAAAAAAAACAAGAAGAAACUGGUAUUUUUUAAAUAUUUUUUUUUAAAGAAAAUAAAACAUAUUUAUUAGCAAAUAUUUAAAAGUGAGACAUCUCACUUUGUUUUGCAGAACUAAGUGCAUCAAAAUUGAUCUCAACUGGUGUUGUCACUACACGCAAACAGUUUUCCAAAUGAACAUCAGUAAUUCCUGUUUUCACUUGCAAUUUGAUGUGCUUCAUACAACUACAACUAAAAAGCUCUUCAAAUGCAUAAGUGUUUCCAAAUAGCGAAACCAUCGACAGAGCAGGAUAUAACCCAGGAUCCUUGUUCAAGAACUCUUCCAAACCAGCAGUUUGAUAGAAUGUCUCCUUUAACUGUGUAUCACAAUACAUUUCACAUGUUCCAUUUGUAAUCUUUCUGGCAAUAAAUUCAUGUAUACCACAAAUGGCGCUGCAAAUGCACAAAAAAAGCACUGUUUAAAAAAAAAUCCUGAAAUUGGUUUUCAAAUUCGAGGUUUAAGUUUAAGUCAGAAAUCAAAGAAACAUAUUUAUCCGCCGCCUCUUGUCUGACGUCUGAUUGCAAUGACAAUGUAGGAAAAUGAGUAAAAGUUUUUUUGGUCCUUAACUGUUGUUACCAAAAGACAAAGCUUCAUUUGAAGUCCAGAAAUAUGAUCAUGCAUCUUAUUAAUUAUUUGACCUUUACCUAGUAGGCGCAUAUUAACAUCUUUUAGAUGGCUAGUUAUAUCGACCAGAAAUGCACACUGGGAUACUUAUUGACUUGCUUGCAAAGAAUGAUUGUAUUUCUUGCUUUAAAUCACUCUUUUCAAUAUUUUGGCACGGAUCAUGCAUCUUACGUCUGCAUAAAAUGAAACGACAUUAGAAUCUUGAGUCCAAAUACUUUAGAAAUUCUUGGAACUGACGGUGAUUCAACCCUUUUGACAUAAUAAAGAUCACUAUUUUGACGAACACUUUCAUGACAUGGUCCAUAACAUAAAUUCUGCUGAUGAAUAUUGCAAUGAAAAUUUUGCAUUUAAGUAUUACCGACUUAGGAGGCCUCAUUUUCCAUCAAUUUUACUAAAUCUUCGUGUUUCCCAACCAUUGCUGGAGCUUCAUCGGUUGUUAAACCCGAUAAGUUUUUAAGUUGUCACAAAAAGCAAUUCAAUGUCGAUGUAACUGCCUCUAACAAAUCUCAUGACUUAGUAGUGUCCUUAAUUAAGUGAAUACAGUGCCGCUAAAUCUUCUGUCUUUUUAAAAUGGACAUCAACACACCUGAUAGAAAUUGCCAGCUGGGCAGUAUCUGCCAUAUCUGUGCUUUCAUCCAAUGCUAGAGCAUAAAAUAUAAACUUGGAUGUUUGACUUUUCAAAUUAUCUUCAAUAUGUUUUCCAAUGUCAUCCACACACCUCGUAAUAGUCUGACGAGACAGACUUAUUUUUGUGAAAUCUUUCUGAUCUGGACACAUAAUUUCAAAGACGCUCUCAAAACAAUAAUUAAUCAUUUCACCAUGGCUACGGGAUGCAAGAUAUUUCAAAUUUCUCUUACCUAUAAUUUACAAAUAUUUGACACGAAUGAGUCAUGAUGUAAUGUUAUUUGGUGAUAUGUACAAUAACGUAACAAUUAUGUUCAUUUUACCUAGCUCCACAGGCCGCAACAUAUUGGCCACCCCUGCCCUAGUAUAGAUUAUUACAACAAAACUUAAAUAUUUUGCUAACUUCAAAUUUUUCAAAAUAUAAUAUUUACGUAAAAUAGAUGCAUUUAUAUAUGGUAAUGCUAUACACCAUGAGAGGUAGGUCUUGAGAAAUUAUUUUUUAGCUUAUGCAUAAUAGGUAGUUAUUACAGAUUAUCUUGAAUGGUUUUUGUCUGUUUAUUAGUGAUAUAAAUUUUUUUUAAAUUGAAAAGUUAAGGAUAUACACAUACAAGGAGAAAGUCUGAUGACGAACAACUAGUUCAGCUUCUAGCAGCAGAGGACUGGGAAGGAAUUAAAAUAUUUAAUAUGAUGAAUACAUAGCAAAGUGGAAAUUAUUCACAAUUUUUAGUUUUCAUAUGUGUUUGUGAGUUUUUGCAGAAUUUAAACAAACAUUUUGUGGAACACUUACUUGUAGGAGUUAAGGGUCAACAUGGGACAUAUUAAAUUUAUUUUUACUAAAAGAGAAAUUUGAAAUAGUGUUCCAGAUGUAAAAAUUAAGUGUAUUUUUCUUCAUAUCAAAAAUAUAUUUUAGGUUAUUGUUCUGUGGACAGCCAAUACAGAGCGUUUUGCAGAGGUUAGAGAAGGAUUAAAUGACACGGCAGACAAUCUUUUAAACAGCAUAAGUCGAGGAGAGUCAGAGAUAUCCCCAUCUACAUUAUUCGCUGUAGCUUCUAUACUUGAAGGAAUCACAUACAUCAAUGGGUCUCCUCAGAACACCUUUGUUCCAGGUAAACAAUGCCCUUUUGUUAAUUGUCCCCUUUAAAAAAAAAAUAUGAUGUUGAUAAAUAAACAUUGAUGGCUCAAAACCUUGUAAACAAGCAUUUAAAAGAUUUUAAACUCUGUAGUAGUUAAGUUGUUGUGUGUAGCAAUGACGAUUAUUUUUAUUUUUCAAUUACUUAGAAUGGUCCUGUAGUCAUAUUAGAAAAUUUUGUGUUUGAUAUAGUGAUAAAGAUUAAUUUGCAAAAGUUAUUUCUUGAUCUAUUAAAGGUGUUAUCGAACUUGCUGAAAAGAGACGUGUGUAUAUUGGUGGAGAUGAUUUCAAAUCAGGUCAAACGAAAAUGAAGUCAGUUUUAGUAGAUUUUCUUGUCAGUGCUGGUAUAAAACCAGUUUCAAUUGUCAGUUUCAAUCACCUUGGAAACAAUGAUGGUGCAAAUCUAUCAGCCCCAGAAACUUUUAGAUCAAAGGAGGUAAUUGUUUCAAACUACUUUUAAAAAAUUAUUUGAAAUUGCACUGAAACAACAUUGUCAACAGCUAUGUGUACUCCAAUUUUACAUGUUUUUAAAAUUGAUUAUGGGAGUCACCCAUAUACGACAUACAUACUGGGGUCAGAUAAGGAGUUUUUAUAAAUAGGUAUAUAUGAUGGAACAGUAAAUGCACUUUAGCAGUCAGAUUAUAUAAUCAUGUUGUCAUAAAACAUAAGAAUUCUAAGUAUAGUGCCUUUUUUAUAUAUAUUUUUUAAUAUAAAUUAAGUCAAUAUCUAGAGGAGCUGAAUUACAUUAUCAAUAACUAUAACCAUUAUUAUAAAAAAUGUUUGAUACUUCUAAAAACUGUGACAGCUAGAAUGGUUUAAUUAGUGCAUGUUAGUUCUUAAACUUUUUUUUGUCAUUUGGUUUCAUAAAUUAACAAAAAUUCUAACAAGCAUUAGUAAAAAUUAUAUCACCUGAACAUUAUUAUUUUGACAGCUCUAAGCACCAUCAAUAGUUUUAAAAGGCCAAUUAAGUUGAGUUGUACUCAUAGAGUACAUGUUACAACUGUGGUGGAAUUUCAUAAAGAUCUUAAUUUGAAGCAAUGUAUUUUAAAGGGCUAAGUCUCAGAUAAGCCCGCAUAUUAACCAUGCUUUCAUUGUUUCAGAUAUCCAAGACUAAUGUUGUUGAUGACAUGGUCAAGUCAAAUUCCAUUCUCUAUAAGCCUGGGGAGAAACCAGAUCAUUGUGUUGUUAUCAAAUAUGUUCCUUAUGUCGCUGAUAGUAAACGAGCUAUGGAUGAGUAUAUUUCUGAAAUAAUGAUGGGAGGUCGUAACACAAUUGCAAUUCACAAUACUUGUGAGGAUUCUCUGCUUGCCUCCCCUCUUAUUCUUGAUUUAGCAAUCAUUGCAGAGCUCUGUGAACGCAUUCAAUUGCGCCGUGAGGAUGAACCAGAGUUCCACAGAUUCAAUGCUGCUCUUUCUAUUCUUAGCAUUCUUUGCAAAGCCCCCCUGGCACCUAGAGGGACCCCGGUUGUUAAUGCAUUCUUUAAACAAAGAUCAUGUCUUGAAAAUAUAUUCCGUGCUUGUAUUGGUCUGCCACCCAUUAACAAUAUGUGGUUAGAGUAUAAGCAGGAGGUCAUUCCCUCAGAACUUCAAUAUACAGUGUCAGCUGUACCAGAAAGUUUGAACGAUGGAAAUGUUAAUGUAGCAAAGAAACCCAAGAAUGAACUGAAUGGAAGUAUCAAUGGAAAAUGCAGUAUGAAUGGACACUUGAAUGGUUUUCAUGAGAUCAGUGGUAUGGAUGUAAAUGGAGAAAGGUAAUUUUCAUUGUUUCUAUCUGGCAUUGUUUAGAUAGCUAAGUAAUAUUUUAAAAUAGUUUAAUCUCUAUAUACCAGUAAUGUGGCUGUCUAUUAAAUGACAGUGAAAACUCACAUCUCCAAGCCAUACAAUUAAUAUGUAGUAAACAAUUGUCCAUUGUUGUUAUUGCUGCAAAAGCUAAUAUUAAGUAAUUAAUUAUUUUUUAAUUGCACAUGGUAGUGCAGGGCAACUUUUGUGUGUAUUCUAUUGUAAUAGUAUUUUGUAAACAUUCUUUUUAACAGUUAUUUCUGUUUUGUACAAAUGCAUUAUUACUUUAUUUAAUGAAAAUAAAUUCCCAAAUAUAGUUUUCUCCCUAUUAAAAUGUUAAUGCUUCACACCAGUCUUGCAUUAGAAAGCAAAAUAGUGCAUGUUUUUUUAAUGUCUUAUCAUUUCAAUAAAUGCAGGAUUAAGUAUAGGAAUAUCUUUUUUUUAAAUGUUAUUCCAUUAACAAUAUUCAUGUAAUGUGCUAAUGCGUCAUACAAAUAUUGUUUCGAUUAAAAGCAACACUUGAACAUUGAAAUUGAAUGGUUAAAUUAAUUAAACAAUAGUACCCUGCAGCACUAAAUUAACAAUAAUUCAAUAUUUAUAUAUAUAAUACUCUAAAUAGAAAUUACUUAAGCUCAGGUAUUUAUAUACAUCCUUUUUUAAAACCGCCAUUAGAGUUAGAGUGCUUUUGUUUUUAUUUCUAAAUUGGCAUUUUAUACAAGUGUAAUAAGAAUAAAGAUCUGCAUUCUCUGCCAAUCUGUCAUAGGCUUUAUAUUUAUUUUACUGACAUCUUUUGUCAGCAUCAAAUUAUCAUUUAAUAUUUUUUAUUACAAUUUAUAAAAACAUAGCCAGGUUAAAAUGAACAAAAAUAUUUUUAUCUUCAUUUGAAUGGUAUCUGCAAAGAGUUUUGGAGGCAUUUCAUAGGUUAGCAUUUUAUCAAGAUCUAACUGAAACAAUCACCUGUGUUUGCACAAACAUAUGUUAGAUAUUACUUCAUGGUGAAAAAAACUUAGUAAUAACUUAUGCAUUUCUAUUGAAACAAAAUUUAUAAUAUGUAUAUCUCCACAGAAGCACUAUUUACAUUUUUAUUCUUAGUUUUUUCAUGUGAAAAUUUUUUUAAAGGCUUGGAAGACUUUUAUUUAUUGGAAUAUAUGUACCAAAUUCUGUGUUUAAAAGAAAUGUGUUUGUGUGUUUUGAGAAAAAAAUUCAUGUCAUAAAAUUAAAUGUAAUCUAAUGUCUUGUCCAAGAUAAUUUGUUUGCUUUUAAUUUCAUUGCUUAGUUUUCAUACUCACUAAAAAAAAUUUUUAAAUCAAUUAUUAAGCACUGUGUUAUUUAUGGCUUCCAGGAACUACCUCUAUAGUUUAUCUGUUGUUUAAUGAAAUCUCUCAUUGAUAUGUUUGCUCAAUGCCAUGAAACUUUAUUCCAUCAUACUUGCAUUGAAUCAUUUAAAACCAAAGUAGUUACACUUGUUCAAAAAGUUUCAAAAAAGACAAUCAUUUCUUGCAUUAUUUUAUUAGUAACAGCAGAUUCAAAUCACCUUAUGUCUAUUAAUUAAAAAAGAAAAAUUUAUUUUAA